AUGUAUCAAGCCCAGUAUGGCGUGCCUCAGCACGGCAUGCAACAGUACGGCAUGCCUCAGAUCCAGGCUGCGGCCAUGGCAGCGACCGCGGCCGCAUCUGGCUCAACCUACCCAUACGGCAUGUCUUCAGACCCCAGCAUGACCCAAAGCUCUCCGAGAAUGGGCGGCGUGAAUUCUAAGAAGGAUUCACGCGGCCCCAGAUCCCCACAACAGAUGAAUAGCAUGCCUCAGCGCCGGCUCAGUCAGGUCACCAGCCCGGGCGUUCCAAACCCCGCCAUGAUGAACCACGUCGGCCGGCCGGGCGUUGCUCCGCCAUCGAUGCCGCCUGCGCAAAUGCAGCAUCCACAGUCCCCUGAGAUGCCUUCGGGCGCCGUCGAAGAGUCUCCAUUAUACGUCAACGCGAAGCAAUUUCACCGCAUUUUGAAGAGGAGAGUUGCGCGGCAACGCCUCGAAGAAGCCUUGCGACUGACCUCCAAGGGUCGAAAGCCGUAUCUUCACGAAUCGCGGCACAACCACGCCAUGCGGCGACCCCGAGGCCCAGGUGGCCGAUUCUUAACAGCUGAUGAGGUUGCUGAAAUCGAGCGAACCAAGGCUGCUGGUGGUGACGAGAAAGAGAUCGCAGAGUUAAUCGCGUCGAAAGGCACAAAGCGAAAGUCCGAGGGCACCAGCUCGGCCCCCAAUAAAAAGGCCAAGCCGGACACGGAGAGCCCAGAGGAGGAAGAUGACGAUGAUGCCGAGGACGACAGUUGA